AUGGAUGACAUGGGUGCCUUGGAUAGCCAAAAUUUUCCCCAAUCAUGUCGAAGGUUGGACUUCAAUGUUGAAAAGGAACAUCAUGUUCAAGAAACAGUACAUGAAGUUUUGGUUGAGACGGGUGAAAAAUUAGAUGAACCAAACCUUGGAAUGGAGUUCAAUUCUGAAGAGAGUGCAUAUGAGUUUUAUAAUAAAUAUGCUGGAAAGAUAGGGUUUAGUGUUCAAAGAUCAUCGUGUAACAAAUCAGAUAAUGGUAUCGUGAUUCAAAAAACAUUUUGUUGUUAUAAAGAAGGUCGAAGACAGGAAGAUAAACGAACUGAUCAAGUAAAGUAUCAACGUCCGAAUAUAAGAACAGGAUGUCGAGCAAAAAUGACUAUUAGGCUUCAAAUGAAUGGUAGAUUCAGUGUCACUAAAUUUGUUGCAGAGCAUAACCAUGAGGUCGUUACACCAUCAAAAGUACACAUGUUAAGGUCACAACGAGGUUUAACUGAUGCUCAAUCAGCUGUAGCAGAUAUGGCAAACAAUUCAGGCAUAACACCAUCAACAACUAUGGCAUUUAUGAGCAAGCAGGCUGGAGGUAAAGAGAAUUUGGGAUACCAACCUGUUGAUUACAAAAAUUACUUGCGAAAAAAGCGAAUGAAAGCGAUGGAAAGGGGAGAUGCAGGAGCUGUUUUAGAAUAUUUUACAAAAAUGCAAGUAGAGAAUCCAUCUUUUUUUUAUGCAAUACAGGUAGAUGAAGAUGAUCAAAUCACCAAUAUUUUUUGGGCAGAUGCAAAGUCGAUAAUGGAUUAUAGCUAUUUUGGGGAUGUGAUCUGCUUUGAUACUACAUACAGGAUAAACAGCUAUGGUCGUCCAUUUGCCCCAUUUAUUGGGGUAAAUCAUCAUAAACAAACAGUCAUAUUUGGUGCAGCCUUGUUAUAUGAUGAAACAACUGAAUCUUUUAAGUGGUUGUUUGAAACUUUUUUAAAGGCAAUGUCUGGAAAGCAACCAAGGACAAUCUUAACAGAUCAAUGUGCUGCAAUGGGCAAUGCAAUAGCUGAUGUGAUGCCGGAAACAUACCAUCGUCUAUGUAUCUGGCAUAUAUACCAAAAUGCUGCAAAGCACCUUAGUAAUGUAUUUCAUGGUUCAAAAAGUUUUGAAUAUGAUUUCAGUAGAUGUGUGUAUGAUUAUGAAGAAGAGGAAGAGUUUCUAAUUGCAUGGAAUAAUAUGCUUGAGAAAUAUGAUUUGAUGCAAAAUAAAUGGCUACAAGCGUUGUUUAAAGAAAGAAACAAAUGGGCUUUGGUGUAUGGCAAAAAUACAUUCUGCGCUGAUAUGAAGAGCACACAACGGAGUGAAAGCAUGAAUAAUGUUUUGAAGAAAUAUUUAAGUUCCAAAUACAAUCUUUUGUGUUUCUUCACACAUUAUGAACGAGUAGUGGCUGAUCGACGAUAUCGAGAAUUGGAAGCCGAUUUCAAAACGAGGCAAAGUACCCCAAUAUUGUAUGUUGAUGUGGAGAUGUUGACGGAAGCGGCAAAAGCAUACACUCCGGAAGUAUUUAAAAUGUUCCAAAAUGAGUACAAAAAGUUUCUUAGUCAUACAAUUCAUAAAAGUGGUGAAUUUGAUACAGUGUUAGAGUUUCAAGUUGUUUGUAAUGACAAAGUUGGAGGCCGUCUUGUCAAAUUUGACACAUCAAACAAUACCGUCACAUGUAGUUGUAAGAAAUUUGAGUUUGUCGGGAUACUAUGUAGCCAUGCACUAAAAGUUCUGGAUUAUUAUGAUAUAAAGGUGUUUCCUUCCAAUUAUAUUUUGAAAAGAUGGCAAAGAGAUGCAAAAGUUGGUGCUGUGAAGGACCAUCUUGGGUUUACCAUACAAAGUGAUCCUAAGAUUUCUUUAGGGAAGCGUUAUAGCUAUUUGUGUCGCAAGUUUGUUAAAAUUGCUUCAAUGGCUGCGGAAUAUGAAGAUGCAUUUGAUUUUGCUGAUAGAUAUUCAGACAAAUUUCAUGAUGAAUUGCCAGAGUGUAUAAAAGGGAUCAAGAAACUUCCAUUGAUGACAUAUCAAACUAAUGAUGAAAAUGUAGAUGCUGAAAUUAUACUGAAAGUGUUCAUCAUCAACCGACUGACAAUAAAGUUACUUUCGUUGAUAGUCUCUGCUCACAAAUUGUAA